ACUGGGAGGCUGAUUGCCGGCCGUCGCUGAUUACUGGCCCCAAUGAAGUUUCAAUCAGCGACUGAGUACAAAACGAAAUGGCCAGCAAAAGAGUAUUAUGACCCAAGGCAUCAGAGAGCCUGCUAUGGAGGCUAGAGGUUUGCGUCCUACGUCUUCGUCUGUAUCACGCUAGCGUCUAGAAUUGGCAACCCCAAGGGUGUCAUUACAGCAACAUUUGUACGUAUGCGUGGAAUGGCCCGUUUCUUAAAGUGUUGUGGCCGAAGGCACCUUCUGUGCGUGUUUGCGAAACGAGAGCGCUGGGGAUUUCAAGUAAUUGCUGACGGAGUUUAUAUGUGCGCCUGUCAAAGUCCAUCACACAACAGACACUGCAGGGUGUUAUUGUCGUGGAAGCAAGUUUACCAGAGAGGCAGACAUGGGACGGAAGCGGAAGAGGUCCAGCAGUAGCGGCAAUGUCCUGCCGGUCUCCUACGUCUCCACCAUGAACAGUCGGCUGUGCGACAACAAUUCUAAACGCGAGGACUACGAGCGCCGCUGGCAUGACGACUUCUUCCGAGGAUGGAAGAGGCCUUCCAACCGGGGAUGUGAUUCACAGAGCGACCCUCAUCACAUCAAAGGCGACAUCGCGACUAAGAUGUGCUCGCUCGGGUUCAAAGUCGGCAGUCUUCACGGGCAUAACGACUUGGAGGAGGUGAACGAGAAAAUGGAGGAAUAUACUAAGGAAUGGGUGGAGGGCUUAGGCACUCGAAGUCGGAGCUAGAUGAUGAA